AUGGUCAACAACGACACUCAGGCUAAUACGUUUAUCCGUUCAGCUUCGGCACAAGGACUAGCUGGACUUUUCACGUGGGCUGCUCUUCUUAUCACUAGUCACCAGAUCUACCAACAUCUUCGUUGGUAUUCUUGCCCUACAGAACAGAGAUGGAUUGUUCGGAUACUGUUCAUUGUACCAAUUUAUGCAUUUGAUUCAUGGCUGAGUCUAAUAUUCUUCUCUGACAACGUGUACAUUUACUUUAAUUCUAUUAGAGACUGUUACGAAGCUUUCGUGAUAUACUCUUUCUUAUCGCUGUGUUAUGAAUAUCUUGGCGGAGAGAGCAACAUUAUGGCUGAGAUUCGUGGAAAACCUAUCAAACCUACAAACUACUACACCUGUACUUGCUGCCUCGCUGGAAAGCAGUAUACCAUUGAGUUUCUUCGAUUUUGCAAACAGGCUACUCUUCAAUUCUGUUUCAUAAAACCAGUCAUGGCAGUAAUUACAUUGUUCCUUACUGGGAUGGGAAAAUAUGAGGACGGCAAUUGGAGCGCAGAUCAAGGCUAUCUAUAUAUUACCCUGGUUUACAACGUCUCCAUAUCUCUUGCACUGUAUGGGUUGUUCCUUUUUUAUACAGCAACUCGUGAACUUCUGAGCCCGUACAAUCCUGUCCUAAAAUUCCUCACUGUCAAGAGUGUCAUUUUCCUUUCAUUCUGGCAAGGAUUUCUUAUUGCGAUUCUUGGUGCUACGUCGGCUAUAGACCCUGUUGUGGAUUCUAGUGGAAACGUUGUUAUCGGAAAAGGAACUUUGGCUGCUGGAUAUCAGAAUUUCCUCAUUUGCGUUGAGAUGUUCUUCGCCGCGAUUGCCCUCAAGUUUGCUUUCGCGGUUUCUGUGUACGCGGAUGCUCAUACGGUUAGUCAUUCGAACGAUGGGCGUCCCGUGACCCUCCAGUCCAUCAGUUCAUCGUUGAAGGAAACCAUGAAUCCAAAGGACAUAAUGCAAGAUGCUAUUCACAACUUCCAUCCUCAAUAUCAGCAGUAUACACAGGUCAGGAAUUUGGUGCCAGACUCGUCUGUGGAAGGUCAUUCUCUUCAAUCCAAUAUGGGAACGCUCUCGACCAGUUAUCUGAAUGCAUCAGGGAGAAUCUAUUCGAUAAUCACUCAACCACAUUCAUGGCAAAAGGGAAACUCUCAAGCCGCAGCUGAACGCACACGCCAAAAUUAG